CGGGGAAUCACAGCGUCAAUGCCGACACGUCAUCAGAGGGAGCACCGACCCCCACCUCCAUCGUCUCCCCUUCUCUCCACACUCCCGGAAUGGAAGUUCCGCCCACUGAGGCAAAGCCAGGGAGAAAGGGAAAGAAGGUGUGCAUGUGUGCCGAGGCUGCGGCCCGGCCUCAGCCAGACUCUGCCUGCAACGGCCUCAAGGGUGGAGGAGUGAGAGAGAGAGAGAGAGAGAGAGAGAGGGAGCGAGCGAGAAAGAGAGACUGUGAAUGAGUGUUCCUCCAUGAAGAAGAAGAAUCGGGGUCGGACGUCAGCGCUUCUCAGCUGUACACGCGCGCACAGCCUCAGUACACCGACGGCGCGGCGCCAUGCUGAAGCCGGGCGAGGCAUCGGCAGCCGCGGCUUCGGCGGCGUCGGCCUUUCUCAAAGUGGACGCGUCGUCGUACCUGCAUCACUGGCAGCAGCUUUUCCCGCACACGCCGCUCAAGCCGCCCCUACCGUCGCCCUCGGGCCCUCCGCGCUGCACCUCCUCGUCGGGCGUCUCCACCGCCGCCGCCCUGGCGCCCGCCUCCUCUUCUUCCUCUGUCGUGGUCGCCCAACUUCCUCUCGCCCAGCACAUGGUGCUCUACGGGCAAACCCUGGCCCCGGCGGCCCCCGGGGGUCCCGGAGGGGACGUGCUGGGGGUGGUCCCCCCUGCCGAGAACCCCACAGUGGGCCGCCUACUGCAGGUGAAGGAGCAGAGCUGCGGAGGCGUAGGGGUGGUGUCAUCUAGCGUGAAGAGCAUCGGCGGCGGCGGCGAGGAAAGCGGCAAGACGGCGACGUCGAUCGCGGCGGGGGGCAGGAUGAAGCUGACCGCCGAGGAGCUGGACUACUUCCUGUACGGACAACAAAGGAUGGAGAUCAUACCCAUCAACAGCCACAACGGAGAUGUCAACAAUCGCUGCGACAUGUGUGCGGACAACCGUAAUGGUGAGUGUCCCAUGCAUGGACCGCUCCACUCUCUGAGGAGGUUGGUGGGCACCAGCAGCGCCACUCCGGCACCCCUCACCCUUCCCGACCUUCCUGACUGGCUCAGAGAUCUUCCCCGAGAGGUGUGUCUGUGCACCAGUACACUUCCCGGGCUUGGGUACGGAAUCUGCGCGGCCCAGAGAAUUCCCCAGGGCACCUGGAUCGGACCCUUCCAGGGCACACCCCUCAUGCUAGACAAGGUCCGCUGUGGAGCCUCCAGGAACACGCGGCACUUGUGGGAGAUUUACGAUUCCGAGGGAACGUUGUGUCACUUCCUAGACGGCAACGAUCCUGCUAAAUCAAGCUGGAUGAGGUACAUCCGAUGCGCUCGACACUGCGGAGAGCAGAACAUGAUGGUCGUUCAGUACAGGUCUAGUAUCUUCUACCGGGCAUGUCUGGACAUCCCUCGAGGAAGCGAGCUUCUUGUGUGGUACAAUGACUCGUAUACUUCCUUCUUCGGAAUUCCGCUGCAAUGCGUCGCCCAGGACGAAAACUUGAACGUCCCCGCGUCUGUGUCGGAGGUGAUGUCUCGUCAGGAGUCCUUACAACAACAACAAUCCUUUAGCAAGAUCGGCAAAGCGUCAUCCGUGGCCUCGUCUUUGUCGUCGUCCGUGAGGUCCAUGGUGUUUCCUCAGGCGACGUGCAGCAAAAGCUUUUCCAUGCUGGACAAGAGCGGUGCAGCAUUCCCAUCAUCUGAGUCAUCCUUCGGCCAGCUCUCCUCCAAGAACCAAAGAGUCCUGGCUAGUCCCACAUCCACCAGCCAGCUGAGUAGCGAGUUCAGCGACUGGCAUCUGUGGAAGUGUGGACAGUGUUUCAAGACAUUCACGCAGAGGAUCCUGCUACAGAUGCACGUUUGUCCGCAGAACCCAGACAGACCGUACCAGUGCGGCCACUGCUCGCUGUCCUUCUCGCAGCCGUCGGAGUUGCGCAACCACGUAGUGACGCACUCGAGCGACCGACCCUUCAAGUGCGGUUACUGCGGCCGGGCAUUUGCCGGGGCCACCACGCUCAACAACCACAUACGCACGCACACUGGCGAGAAGCCCUUCAAGUCGGGUCGCAGGGGCAGUAGUUUUAGCAGGGACACCCAGACGUCCCUCUCCCGAGUCACUUCAUCCAGCUCUUCCCGGGCCAGCUGAGAGACGAGACAUAGUCGCCCCAACGUGUCCGAGGCCAUCUCCAAGGUCUCCUGCCAGUGUGACGUGCCUGGAACACUUCGCCAGGGAGGCGUCCGGGAGGCAUCUGAAUCAAAUGCCUCAGCCACCUCAUCUGGCUCCUCUCGAUGCGGAGGAGCAGCGGCUCGACACCGAGCCAAUCCCGGAUGACCGAGGUUCUCACUAUCUGAACGGAGAGUCCGGACACCCUACGGAGGAAACUAAUUGCGGCCGCUUGUAUCCGAGAUCUUGUUCUUUCGGUCAUGACACACAGCUCGUGACUAUAGGUAAGGUUAGGAACGUAGAUCGACCGGUGAAUUGAGAGCAUCACUUUUUGGCUUAGCUCCCUCUUUACCAUGACGAGCCGAUCCAAAGGCCGCGUUACUGCAGAUACUGCACCGAUCUGCCUGAUGAUCUCUUCCCUCACGUGUGAACAAGAUCCCAAGAUACUUGAACUCCUCCACUUGGGGCAAGAUCUCAUCACCAACCUGUCCCACUAAGGACAAUGGUCUCAAAUUUGGAGGUGCUUAUUCUCAUCCCAGCUGGUUCACACUCGGUUUUGAACAAUUCUCGUAAGGAUGUGAGAUUCCUCCUCUCCAGGACACCUGUAUAGCUCUUACCAGUGAGAUUGAGGAGUGUGAUCCCCCUGUAGUUGGAACACACCCUCCAUUCCCCCUUCUUAAAAACACCCAGUCUGCCAAUCCAGAGGAACUGUCCCCGAUGUCCACGCGAUGUUGCAGAGGCUCGUCAUCCAGGACAGGCCCACAACAUCCAGAGCCUUUAGGAAUUCCGGGUGAGUCUCACUGCCACCAGGGAGCUUUUCAAUCACCUUGGUGAUAUCCAUCCCACACAAAAGACACCCCGGCUCAGAGAACCCCGACUGUGCUCCCUCAUGGGAAGGCGUAUCGGUGGAAUUGAGGACGUCUUCAAAGUAUUCUCCCCACCGACUUAGAAUGUCCUGAGUUGAGGUCAGCAGGACCCCAUCCUCAUUAUACACAGUGUUGAUGGUGCACUGCUUCCCCCUGCUGAGAUGCCGAAUGGUGAACUGGAAUUUCCGCAAAGCUAUCUGGAAGUCGGCAGCACAGUGCCACGACUGGUUAAAGCAUCAUCUUCACAGUUCUGAGGGCCAGGUUCAAAUCUCAAUCCCGCCUGUGAGGAGUUUGGAUGUUCUCACCAUGCGUGUGUGGGUUUUCUCUGGGCACUCCAGUAUCCUCGCACAUCCAAAUAGAUUGGAGACUUUAAAUUGCACUUAGGGUGUACCCUGCAUAUCUGGAUACCUCAUCAAAUUCCUCUCAUGGCUGAGUUUUUACUUCAGCGACCACCAAAGCUUCAUUCUGCCUGGGCACCUGGCAGCUAUCAUCUGCCUCACAUACCAAAAAGGCCCGAUAGAACUCCUUCAGCUUGAAGGCAUCCCUCACUGUAGGUGUCCACCAACAGGUUCAGGGAUUUCCGCCACAACAGGCACUAACCAUAUUAUGGCCACAGCUGCGGUCGACCACCUCAGCAAUGGAGGCGUGGAACAUGAUCCACCCGGACUUAAUGUCCACCACAACCCAGAAGAUAAGAAAAGUUCUGUCGAAGGUGGGAGUUGAAACUCCUUCUGACAGGGAUUCUUCCAGAUGUUCCCGGCAGACCAUCACAAUACAUUUGGGAUGGACCGGCAUCUUCCCUCCCCAUCGGAACCAACCCACCAACAGGUGUUUAUCUGUUGACAGCACCGCCCCUCUCUUCACCUGAGUGUCCAAGACAUGCGGCCGCAAAGUUGAUCAUCGAACUGCGACCUGGGGUGUCCUGGUGCCAAGUGCACGUGUGGACAUUUUUAUCUUUGAACAUGUUAUUUGUU